AUGAAGAUUCCACGACAAAAUGAUUUGGAGAAUGAUAAAAAUUUAACAAGGAAACAUGUAGCAGAGAGAAACAGAAGAGCGAAAAUCAAUUGUUAUUUAGAAGAAAUAGAAAAACUGAUUACUCCCUCUCUAAGUCAGUUUACAGCCAAUACCAAACUAGAAAAAGCUGAAGUUUUAGAAAGAACAGUAGAAUAUAUUAAACAGAAUAAAACGUCGGAGCUAAACAUACAACAGAACUAUGUUCGAGGUUUCUUAGAAUGUAUUAGAAGUAUACAGGCGUUUUUAGUGACCAUGAAAGUAUCAGAGAGCGAUGUUAGACAUAUUUUUCAUGGCUGUUUGUCUAGUGUUCGCAAUCGCCUUCAAAAGUCAAGUUCAGAACACCAAGCAUCAUCUGAUAUUAACAUUAUGACAAUCAAUAACCUUAAUCGACUGAGAAACAUGGAAUCUCAAAGACUGAGAUUUUCAAACAAACCAAGAACACUGAAACAAAAUGAAAACAUAACGACUGAAACAACAGACAAGACUUCUAGCAGCCUGGGCCAAAGUUCAUCAAAAUCGUGUUGGGAUAUUCACCCAGAUCAAGAGGUGAAUAAAUUGAAAAAAAUGAAAAAAACUCCAGAUUCAGCAUUUGGUGUUUUGAAAGAAGUUGUUUCAAAUAACCAAGAGAACUUUUCUAGAUGUAAAGAUAAGAAGACAGAUCUAGGUCGUAUAUUGAAAAACGAUGAGAAAAUACUUUGUAAUGACAAUGAGUGUGAGAAUGAGGGUGUUUUUAUUCAAAUAAAUGAAGAAAAUAUUAAGCCUGAUAUAAAUUAUGACGAUCCGAUGUGGCGACCGUGGUGA